CCCCAACCAAUAAGUAAACGCAAGGACGUCAACAUCUUCAGGCACGGUUACAGCAAGAAUAAUGGCAGUGUCUCCAGAACGUAUCCAGCAACAGUUAGAAGAAGUAGAGGCUGCGGCAGAGGAUGUUAUAUCAGACCGACAGGAAAUUGUUACACUUGAUCGUCGACGCAAUACUAACCGUGAAGCUCUGCGACAACUGAAGACCAACAAAUUAGCCAGUCAGUCCACAGGCAACAAGAGUUGGAUUUGCGUUGGGAAUAUGUUUUUGAAGCUCCCGAAUACAGUUGUUGUAGACUGCAUUGAAAAAGAACAAAAGCAGUUGGAUACCGAAAUCAACAAUCUUCGCAAUGGUCUGAGAAGUAAAGUGAACCACUUGAAUGACUUAGAGGCAAAGCAGAACACAGUUGGAACGAACCUCAAGCCCUUAUCACAAGAUGAAUGGAAAGCUGUAAAGCAAGUUCUUGGUAGAUAAAAGUAGAUGGCACAGUUCAUUGUAAAGAGGAAUUCUCUUUCUGCUUGUUUUUAAACUGAAAUUGUCAAUAUAGACGAAGUAUUUCCAGUGAAUGAAUGUAAUUGUUACUUUUUGAUGGAAAGUCCUUUGUAACUGUGCUCUAAAUGUCUAAGGUAAUACCAGAUGUGAUGUAAUGUUAUAUAAAACUUAUAAAAUGUAGGGGGAGAAACUGUAGAAGCUCAAAAAUCAAGUACAGUAUUCUAAGGGUAAAAGUAGAUAUUUUUAAACUCCUUCUUAAAAGAAGUUUUAUAUGACAUUGUUUCCAUGUAAAAUUAUAAUUAAAAAUUAUAUGGAAAAUAAAAUGUGUUAUAAAUGCCCAGCAUCAAAUAAAGAAAAACUUAAUUUUGUUAUCAGUAUUUACACCAUCAUUAUUCAGCACUGGCAAACAAAUAUAUCUAUAAAAUCAUUGAAUCAUUAUUAUUGCUUUUAUUUAUCAGUAUUUAUCAGUAGUACAUUCACUGUCAUUAUUUUUUUACUAUAAUCAUAGUUGUUUCUAUAAAUGUGUUAGUGAAUUACUAUUAUCGCAUUUAAUCCAAUUUGCAGUAAGGGUAUAAUGUUUUCCCUUCUGAAUUUUUAUUUGUAGUUACAUGACAGUCAUCGUAAACAUAGUAUUUUAGUAAUUAAUAGAUUUCAAAAUAAGAUCCCUAGUCUACAAACUAUAUAAAUUUCAAAACUGUGUAGAUUAAUUUUUUAAGUUACGGAGAAAUGCAACCAAAAGCCAGUGUUGUAUAUUGCCUCCUAAUGGAUAGGAGACAUUACUCGCAUCCCCAAUUAUGAAAGAGCAUCCAAAGUUCUCCGAGAGCUUUAUAAUAUUUGGCGGAGAAAUUGAGGGAUGGAGAACUGUAUGUAUCAGGUGCCAUUUCCAGUCACCCUAAUAAUUUCUUCUGAUGUAUAUAUUUUUUUUUGUGAAUAAUCAGAGACACCUAUUUUAUGCUUUAAUACUGUAUGACAUCA